AUGUCGUCUGUCCACGGAGCCUGGAUGAAUCCCAAGGGUGAGUCCUCCAAUAUCCAGCCAAGCCGACUAUCCCUCUUUCUGAUCGAUCUGUUCACUAUCGCUAUAUCCAUAUGUUUGACCCUGCUCAUGUACGCCUCUAUAUAUGCUUUAGAAGUAGUCGUCGCCACCCUGGCUGCAGUCGAAGAUACCAAUCCGGAUAUAUAUAAGCGUUUCAACACUGAUGAUGAUUCCAUUAAGCCCAUCACCUAUCCUCAAUCCGGAAGCCCCAUUCCCGCGAGAUAUCAACCCAUUACCAGGAAACUACGAACGAGUAUCAGGCACUUGCGUAUCCAGGCUGGGUCUUGGUCGCCAUUCCGAGGUCUCGGUAUAUUCUGCAUCUACUCGUCCACCCGGGGGUUUCUCGGUUGGUUGAUACGUGCAUCUAGUGGCUCUUCUCUAGUUGAAAUCAUUGCCCAACCUCUUAUUGGCAUACUCCUAGCCCCCUGGGAGAUAUCGCUAGUUCAUAUAAUCAUAUCAAAGCCGUCCUCUAAGCGCUUCUACCAACGGAUCCCUAGCUACCGGACGUGGAUAAAGAUUGUGCCUCCGGUGGCCUUGCGAGAGAUUUCCGAUUCGGCAAACGAUUUGUUUGAGAAAGCUCUUGAGUCAGCUGACUGGCUCGAUUUUGAUAACCCCCUUAACACUACGAGGGAAACCGGUUGCAGCUUGGCUAUUCUUGUCUUCGUAUUCAAAGCUGUGGGUUACUUCCUGAUUUAUAACUUAGCGAACGCAAUUUUCAUCCGCGUCGCUGCUUCGAUGCUUCCAGAAGAGGACGAGCCUAUUGUACCGUUUGACCGUUCCUUUGGUGGCAAAGCGAACCGGUCCUUGGCCGAUAGCAAUGGCUAUCUUACUCUUAGCGAUGCUUGGGCCUCCUUUCACUGGCCGGCUCAAAUUCGCUUUGCUAAAAUCGUCUUUAAAUCAAAGGCGGUUUCAGUGACGUUAGAGAUGGUGGCAAUGCUUGUUUGUUCGUCUAGUGAUAUCUGCAUGGCAUUGCUAUGA